AUGUUCGCCCGCACACUGGCUUGUACGAGCCAUGGUGUUUCACGAAGGAUAAGUGCUUACCGUGCUGAGGUGAUACGGCACUCGUACUCCACAGCGACCGCGACGGACAAGCUUCCUUUGGCGGGGUACCGUGUGCUUGACAUGACACGAGUUUUAGCUGGUCCAUAUUGCACACAAAUCUUGGGAGAUCUGGGCGCAGAAGUAAUUAAGAUAGAACAUCCCACACGAGGCGAUGACACGCGCGCCUGGGGUCCUCCAUAUGCGACGUACAACUCGGAUUCGAAGCUCAAUGGCCCCGGAGAAUCAGCAUACUUCUUCGCUGUAAACCGUAACAAGAAGUCUGUAGGCCUCUCAUUCCAAGACCCAGAAGGCGUGGCCCUUCUGUACAAGCUUGCAGAGAAAUGUGACAUCCUCGUGGAAAACUACCUCCCGGGCUCGUUGAAGAAGUACGGCCUGGACUUUGAAUCAAUGCACAAACUCAACCCCAAGUUGAUCUACGCGAGCAUUACAGGCUACGGGCAAACCGGUCCUUACAGCAGCAGGGCCGGCUACGACGUGAUGGUCGAGGCUGAAUUUGGCCUGAUGCACAUUACGGGAUCGCGCGACGGGCCUCCCGUCAAGGUCGGCGUGGCGGUCACGGACUUGACGACGGGGCUGUAUACGAGUAAUAGCAUCAUGGCCGCGCUGUUGGCCCGGGCGAAAACGGGGAAGGGGCAAUGGAUUGACGUCGCGUUGAGUGAUUGCCAGACGGCGACCCUGGCCAAUAUUGCAAGUAGCUGUUUGGUUAGCGGGGAGAAGGAUUCGGGGAGAUGGGGCACGGCACAUCCGUCGAUCGUGCCUUAUAAGUCAUUCAAGACAAAGGAUGGUGAUGUCUUGCUUGGUGGGGGCAAUGAUCGUCUCUUCGGGAUCCUGUGCGACGGCGUCGGUCGGCCAGACUGGAAGACGAACCCCAAAUUCGCCAUCAAUGCGCAACGUGUGGCAAACCGUGUCGAGCUCGAGGAUAAGAUCGAGGCGCUCACCAGGCAGAAGACGACACAAGAGUGGCUGGAUGUCUUUGAGGGUAAGGGCAUGCCGUAUGCGGCUGUCAACGACGUCCAGGAGACGCUGAACCACGAGCACACGAAAGCGCGGAAUAUGGUGGUUGAGAUGGAUCAUACUGAGUGUGGUCCGAUCAAGAUGGUCAAUCAUCCGGUCAAGUACAGCGACAGCAAACCGAGCAUUCGCAGUGUGCCGCCGACGUUGGGGCAGCACACAGACGAGGUCCUGGGUGGCGUCUUGGGGUUGGAUCCUGCUCAAAUUGAGACGCUCAAGCAGAAAGGCACCGUCAGGUAG